AUAUGAAUCAAUUUUAAUCCACAGAAGCGAGAAUUUUAUAUCUAAUUUAUACUCUGUAUUAGGACAAUACAAUCUCUCUAGAUUAGAAGGGCAUAUUAAAAGGUACUAAUGCUAUAAUCUUAAAAGAUUAUUUAAUCACAAAAGAAAAUGGGAGAUUUAUGAAUGCGAUAACAUCAUUUGAGAAAUCGAAUGAUAUUGAUCAAUUGUCUCAGUUUCUAAUUUAAUUUGUUGAUAGUAAAUUGCAUAAUUAAUUUAAGUGGAGAACUCAAUAUCAGACUGUGUUUCAGUAGAUUCUUUUAAAACAAUAAAGUCUUCGAAACCUUGUGAGUUAUUAAAAGAAACUACUUAAAGCUCAAACACAAAUUCUAAUCAAUACAUAUUAUUUUCGCCUGUAUCGAUACAGAAAAAGAAUGGAGACACAUAGUUUAUUUCUCGAAAAGAUAGAAAAUACUUAACUUAAAUAUAAUGAUUUAUUUUAAUAAUGG